AUGGUGGAGAAUCAGUGUAAGGCUAGGCCAGUGAAAGCUUACAUAAUGAGUGAUUUAUUGAAAAAGUUCGAUUCGCAGGCGACUAGUGAUGUAGUUAAAUUAGCGAUUGCAGUCGUCGGUUUUUAUGUUGGCCUGUUUUAUUUGGAAUAUGUGGACACCGAAUAUAGCCUGUGGCUGACGUGGUUCCUGACGCCCGUCAUCGUCACGUUCCUGCUGCCGGCAGUCAUCAUUGUACUGAUCUACAUGAGCAGCGUCAUCUUCCAUCUCUACAGGCUCUACAGACUGCGGGUAGCUGAUGGGGUACAAAACGACUGGAGACAAGCCGCCCGACUGGCGGUCUGUGCGUUAUGGGACGCCCACGGGUGGCUAUUUCAUGGUUACGAGAUACGCGGUCUAGAGAACAUACCAGAAGGUCCGUUCCUCCUGAUCUACUACCACGGCGCGUUGCCCAUAGAUAUGUACUACUUCACAGCGCGGAUGUUGCUGUUCAAACGAAGGCACAUGCACACCGUGGCUGACAGGUUCAUGUUUAAGAUACCUGGAUGGUCAGCUCUUCUGGAAAAUCUAUGUGUAAUCCCAGGAACUGUACAAACUUGUGCAGGCGUGCUAAAGAAUGGUAACUCAUUGGCUAUAUCUCCGGGGGGUGUUUACGAGGCCCAGUUCGGUGACCACUACUACAAGCUCAACUGGAAGUCGAGGAUCGGGUUCGCGAAGGUCGCUCUUGAAGCGAAAGUGCCCGUGGUGCCCAUGUUCACGCAGAACGUGCGCGAGGCGUUCCGCACGGUGGGCUGGCUGCGCGGCGUGUGCCUGCGCCUGUACGCCGCCACGCGCGUGCCGCUGGCGCCCGUGUACGGGGGCUUCCCCGUCAAGCUCGUCACGCACCUGGGCCCGCCCCUGCCCUACGACCCGGCGCUCACGCCCGAGAUGCUCCAGAAGAAGGUCGCAGCAGCAAUCGAAAGCUUAAUAGAGGAACAUCAGCGUGUACCCGGUAGUAUAUUACUGGCUCUCAUUGAAAGAGUCUACGAAAUGCCAAAAAAGAAGACGAAAAAAGCUCACACUAACGGAACAAUACAAAAUGGCGUCUCGAAACAAGAUUCGACAAGUGUUAGCGAAAAGAGUGACAGUGAUAAAGUUAAAGUUUCUUAGUGUGAGGGUGGCAUAACAUUUGUGAAAUGAUAUGGUAUACACGUGUGGUGUGCAAGAUGCGAUUAUUUCGUGCUAGCAACAUUGGCGAGUGAAUGAAAUGUACAAAUCGAGCAUUUUUUUAUCUAGUUUCAAUUGUUAAAUUGAAUUAUUAUAUUUUUUAUUAAUUUUUGAAUUAGAUCUUUUUUGGUUUAUUUUUAUUUUAUACAAAAAAUUGGACUUUAAGAAAAAUUGUCAGAUACAUAACAGUACUUAAAUUUAAAGUCGUAAUUGACAUGUCGAUGUUAUAAUUGUUCGAGUUUUUUUUUCUGACAUUUUUUAUUUAAAUUUAGUUAUUUGUAUCAAAUUUAAUAAGACCAUUAUAUAGUAAUUGUAUCUUUAUCAUACAUAUCUUAAAAUUUAAAGUUUUUUAAACGUGAUAUAUAUUCAAAAGAAAUAAACGAAAAAUGCUUUUAAAAAGUUACAAAUCUGCAUAUAUCAGUAGGAUUAAAAGCUUAACUAUUAUCGUUCAAAAUUAUUUCUCAUGUUUCUGAUUUAUUUCGAAUAUCAAUAGUUAUGUUUGAAUAAACUUAAUUUAAAUAUUUAUAUCGGACAAAUGUUCAAUAUUAGAUCAAAUAUUUUAUAUAAUAUAUACUGUAGUUGAUAAAAAUAUAACUGUUAACUUAUACUAGCAUUGAAAUAUUAAGCCGUAAUAGCAUAAAGGUUAGGUUAGUUGUUAGUGCUAAGUCUACUGUCAUAAAAUGUUGUAGUUACUUUUUUAGCCACUAGCGGCGCUGGCAUCAGAAUCUGUACAGCUUUAAAGAGCUAUGUACAUGUAUUUGACUACCUAUAUUAAACUUAACAUUAUUACCAAAUACAAUCAAAUUAAAGAUUAAAAAUCUAUUUAUCA